CUGCCCUCCGCGCUCGCCGGCGGCUUCCAGGCUAACGAGGUUCUUCAGCAGCCGUCAGUCGCAGUACCAGACUACUACGACUACCUGGCCGCGGAACCCGCUCAAGACUCACCUUCGGGCGCCGUGGGGGACUUCCGGCGGCCGUUUACAGCCAGCUACGAGGACGACGACCCUGAGGCGGGCGGCGCGGAGAGCCAGUGGACAGGCAAGUGGCACCAACAGCACCCCAACUCCCUCAGCACGGAGCCCAGCCCCGCCAAACCCUCUCUGGGCGGCGACGCGCCCGUCGGCUCCGCGCCGUCUGCCCACGACGACGUGGACCUGUGGGACGAGGCCGCGCCCCCCGCCACCCCCACGCCUCUGGAGGCGGCGAUGGCCCUCGGGGCGCCGGACGCGGCCGGCAGCGCGCGCGCAGCGCCCGACCGCAAGCUGCGCCGCCUCCGGGUGCGCGUGCGCACGCGCGUCGGCCCGCGCGACAUGCUGGAGCCGGCCGAGUCGCAGAACAUCGCCACCCUCGCCAACUCGCUCCCGGUGGCGGCGCAG